AACUAAAUUUCAGAUCCUAGCAGCAAAUUCCGAUUUCCAGUUUGCAAGCUCAUCGACCCGGAGAAAGAAGCCUUGGCGCGCUUGUCGUCUUGUCGUCCCAAACCCUAACGGCAAAACCUGAAUUCCCUCUUCUCUCUUGUCUUGUUCGAUUCCACUCAACUUUGUCUACUCCAAUAAAAACACCAAAAUGGCCACGAAAUCAGAUCCCAAAGUCUGUGUUCUGCUGAAAGAGGGUGAGGAUGAAGACCAGGAAGCAAAGAAGCAGAAGAGAAAUGAGGCUGCUGAGGAGGAGCAAAAGAAUAAGCAGGGAGGGAUGGAUAUUGAUGAUGGUGCUUGUUCUGAAGAUAGUGAUGAAGAGGCACAAAAGGAAAAGAUGGAAGUUUUGGCUGAUGCUAGUGCUCUGCCACCUCCCAAAAAUGGCAAGAGGGAGGGUGACGAUGAGAAGCAAGCAAAUACAAAGAAGCAGAGGACAGGUGAGGUUAUUGAGGAGCAAAAGAAUAAGGAGAAAAUUAAUACACAUUAUUCUGAAAAAGAUAAGAAACCUGAAUCCAAAAAACGUGAACCUGCUACCAGUUGCAGAUCUCUUGAAUCAACAGAUGAUGGUAGCUCAGAGUCUAGUUUUGACAGAAGCUCCUAUGAGGACAAUCACGUGAACGAUUCAAAGAGUACAGAUGAUGACGAGGAAGAAAUUGAGGAAAAAGCCUCUGAAACUACUCAAGAAUGUCCUAAAACCCCAACUACUAUGAAAGGAAAAGAUGCACCAAAGACAAUAUACGUUAGAAAUUUGUCAUACAGUGUGGAACGGGCAGAUCUGGAAAGUCUUUUCAAAGAUUGUGGAGAAGUUGUUGAUGUUCAUCUCCAUACAGAUAGCGAAGGGAGGUUUAAAGCCUUUGGACAUGUCGAGUUUGCAACCCCAGCAGCAGCACAAAAAGCUCUUGAGCUGGAUAAUACAGAACUGUUAAGAUGUCCCAUUAAAGUUAGUAUAGCCAUGGGUGAAUAUGCCCCCAGUAGAAGAUUAUUCAAUAAUGGUGACAAGUUUCAGUCUCAAGCUGCACUUUUGAAGGGUUUCGAUACAUCCCUCGUGGCAGAAAAGCCUAAAACCCCAACUAUCCCAGAGAAAAAAAAUUCUGCAUCAAAGACUAUAUAUGUUAGUAACUUGUCAUACGAUGUGGAACAUGCUGAUAUGGAAUAUCUUUUCAAAGAUUGUGGAGAAAUUGUUGAUAUUCGUCUCCAUAAAGACCGCAACGGCAGGUUUAGAGGAUUUGGUCACGUUGAGUUUGCAACCUCUGAAGCAGCACAAAACGCUCUUGAGUUGGAUUAUAGAGAAAUGUGCAGACGUCGCAUUAAAGUCGGUUUAGCUCUGGAAAAGGGUGAAUAUGCUUGCAAUAAGAGGUUCUCCCUCCCACCGGUAAUUCAGACCAGAUUUAUCUGCUCCGGAAGUGGUGUUCACAUCAUUCUCCGCAGCAGAGAAUCACCCCAGCUUCUUCCUCGACAGCGGUGGCAGACCAGUGAACGACGCCGUACUAGUGACGGCGCUGGACUGGCUGUGGCAGAGAACAUUGCAACCCUUGGCGGAGAGGAGUGUUUGUUUUGGCUUCACGUUCUGUGUGCAUUCCAUAUGGGUCAAAGGUUUCAGCCUCAAACUGCAUUUUUGAAGGAUUCCGAUAAAUCUCAUGUGGAAGACAAGCCUGAAAACUCGGGUAACCCAAGAGAUGAAAGUUCUGCUUCAAAGACGAUAUAUGUUAGAAACUUGACAUACCGUGUGGAACGGACUGAUUUGGAAAAUCUUUUCAAAGAUUGUGGAGAAAUUGUUGAUGUUCGUCUCUGUGAAGGGAGGUUUAAAGGCUUAGGACAUGUUGAGUUUGCAACAGCAGAAGCUGCACAUAAAGCUCUUGAGCUGGAUAAUGCAGAAUUGUGUAGACGUACCAUCAGAGUUGGUAUAGCUCGGGAAAAGGUUGAAUAUGUUCCUAAUAGAAGCAACUUGAGCAGCUCUGUCCAAACGAGUGAAAGAUUUCAGCCUCUAACUGCAUUUUUUAAGGGUUGUGGUACAUCUGUUGUGGAACAUCAGCCUGAAACCCUAGCAAACCCAAGAGAAAAAAAUGCUGCUUCAAAGACUAUAUAUGUUACCAACUUGACAUAUGGUGUGGAACGAGCUGAUAUGGAAAAUCUUUUCAAAGAUUGUGGAGAUAUUGUUGACGUUCGGCUUCAUAAAGCUUACCAAGGGGGGUUUAAAGACUUUGCACAUGUGGAGUUUUCAACAUCAGAAGCAGCACAAAAAGCUCUUGAGUUGGAUAAUACAGAGUUGUUGAGACGUCCCAUCAAAGUUUGUAUAGCUGAGGAAAAAGGUGAAUAUGCCCCCAAUCGAAGAAACUUGAGCUGCCCAUUCGAUAAGGAUGCGAGAUUUCAGCCUCAAUCUGCAUUGAUAAAGGGUUGUCGUACAUCCCUUUUGGAAGACAAGCUUGAAACCCCUGGUAACCCGAAGGUAGAAAAUGCUGCAUCAAAAACAAUAUUUAUUGGAAACUUGUCAUACAGUGUGGAACGGGCUGAUGUGGAAAAUCUGUUCAAGGGUUGUGGUGAAAUAGUUGAUGUUCGUCUCUAUAGAAAUCAUGAAGGGAGGUUAAAAGGUUUUGGGCAUGUUGAUUUUUUGACAGAAGAAGCGGCACUAAAAGCUCUUAAGUUGCAUAAGACAGAAAUGUUGAAACGCCCUAUUGUAGUUGAAAUUGCUCAGAAAAAGGAUGAAUAUAUCCUCUAUAGAAGGAACUUGAGCAACUCAGUUCAGAAGAGUGAAGGAAUUCUGUCUUUAACUGUAUUUGAGAACUGUUUUGAUACAUCCCUUGCCGAAGAGAAGCCUGUGAAAGACUCAAAGAAUUUCGAGGACCGUGAGGAAGAAACGGAGAGAAAUGCCUCCAACACUCCUCUUAAGAGCCCUAAAAGCUCUGCUACUCUUAAACAAAAAUUUGCGGCAUCAAAGACAAUAUAUGUUAAAAACAUUCCAUACCAUGUGGAACGCGCUGAUGUGGAAAAUCAUUUCAAAGAUUGUGGAGAAGUUGUUGAUGUUCGACUCCAUACAGAUCGCGAGGGGAGGUCUAUAGGUUCUGGACAUAUUGAGUUUGCAACAGCAGAAGCAUCACAAAAAGCUCUUCAGUUGGAUAAUACAGAGUUGUUGAAACGACGCAUCAAAAUAGAUAUAGCUCACGAAAAGGGUGAAUAUACCUCUGAUAGAAGAAGUUUUAGCAACUUGAGCAGCUUAUUCCAUAAAGAUGAAAGAUCACGCUCUCAAACUGUAUUUGUGAAGGGUUUUGACACAUCCAUUGCACAAGAGAUGUUGAAAGCUAGCCUUGAAGAACAUUUCAGUUCUUGUGGAGAGAUUACAAGCAUAUCAGUUCCAAAAUUUUGGGAUUCUGGUGUACUUAAGGGGUUUGCUUACUUGGACUUCAAGGAUGUUGAUGGCUUCAAGAAAGCUCUUCAACUCGAUCAAACUGAGCUUGGAGGUUAUCCCUUGUUAGUUGAAAAAGCAAAGCCUCGACUUCAUAAUCAGGGUACAUAUAGUGCCAGGGGUGAUGGUGGCUAUCAUUUUGGUGGAAGGGAUGGAGGUGGCCAUGACAGUGGAGUGGGUUGGGGGAAUAGUUGUGGCGGUUGGAGGCGUUGAACAUCAAAUAUACUAAGCACUCAAAAAUGCACAGCAUGCAGUAUCUUCUUUCAAAUAUUAUAGAUGUACCGUCGGGUGUGAUCCAAUUCUCUGAUUGAGGAAUCAUGAUGUACGUAGCAACUUACUUCUGUAGCUGUUGCAUCUUCUCCCUUUCAAGUGCUGUCACUCUUUUGGAAAUUCGUUGCGUAAAUCAGAUAAACUGUAUUGGGCUUUGAACAUUAUUGUCAUCUAUCAUCUUAAUGUUUGUAUCUAUGGGACGUGUAUAAUGAGAGAUGUUAUUUAUGAGAAUCAGAUGAGCAAGUGAUGAUCAUAUAGGAGUGAUUGAGACAAAAAUUAUAUAAUUAUCACGUGAGUGUUUAAGUUAUGAUCGAGGUUAAAAAUUUGAGUUAAAAAAAAAAGAUUAAAAUUUAUUUAUUUGUCACAUGAACUUAAGUCUUUUAUCUACUUCAAGACGUUGCAUAACU